AUGGCCAAUACAAAAACGGCAACUGUAACGGCAACAGCGACAGCAAGUGCAACAGCUAUUGGCGGCAGCGAGCAACAAUUCUGUAUGCAAUUAAAUGCUUCAGAAUUAACGGCGAUCAUAAUGAAAGGUUCACCCAAUUCCAACGAUCGCGAUGCUGGCUUCUGCUCCGGCAGUUCUGAGGGCGGCGACGAUCUCGACCGCAUGGAGCAUGCGCGCCUCGAAAGCAGCGGCAGUCCCACCAGCCCCACUGAUGCGACAACAGAGACCUCCGAGGAUUCCGUUGAAGUCAAAGUCACACCAAUUGCGCUGGUGCGCAAUAAACGCAAAAGUUCGGAACCCUCUAAGGUGGUGGACGCAAGCGCGACGUCUGUUGCGACGGGCGCGCUUGCGCCUGCACUCGCCACGGCGCCACUAAAGAAACGCAUACGUUAUACCUCGACGACAGAUUCUGCAGUGGUGUUGACACCGCCAGCGCUUGCGACACCGCCACCAACGCACGGCAUCUGGGAUCCUAGUCAAGUGUUACCUCAUGAAUUGAUGCCAAAUCCAGCGCAGGUGUUUGUGCGACAUCCGGGUGUCACGACACUGCAUCGCAUACCUGCCAGCACCGUCGAAGAGCAAUUGGAGCCGCUAGCGCUAGUUGCGAAGAAACCAACAACCACAAGCAGUGUUAAGGUUGAGUGCGAUCAAGCGCAUGCGUAUGUGCCCAACAAAUGCGCGCCUGCCAGCGAUGAGUCAGCGCCGUCCGUUUAUGUGCCGAAGAAGCAACAGGCAACGGCAAAUAGUCAACUAAAGUUCCAUGUCAACAGUGAGUCCGUACCGCUGGCGUUAACGACGAGCGCGCAUCACUUGAACGCUGCGCGGGACGAGCACGCGCUGCAACAACAGGCUAGCGCUAAUGGCAGCGCAUUGCAAUACAAUAAACCCGGCAGCGCAGCGGAUGAGACGCCCAGCGGUAGCGGCGGUAGUAUUGGCAGCGGCAGCGCGCGUCCGCAACAACGUAACUAUAAGAAUAUGACACGCGAAAGACGUAUAGAGGCGAAUGCGCGCGAACGCACGCGCGUGCAUACCAUCUCCGCGGCAUAUGAGACGCUGCGACGUGCUGUGCCCUCCUAUUCGAAUGCGCAGAAAUUGUCAAAGCUUUCAGUAUUGCGCAUCGCUUGUUCCUACAUUUUGACGCUGAGCCGCAUGGCUGGUGAGGAUUACAGCGCUGAUGGUUCUGAGCCAUCGCUGGCCGAUUGCUUCGAUGCGGUCACCGAAACCAUACAGACUGAGGGCAAGAUCAGAAAGAAGAAGGACGAAUAAGCGCUAAGCGGCGAUAAAGUGAAAGCUAGUUAGCAAGCAGGUUUCAAUAGUGCGUUUAGCACAUAAGACUUUAUUUUUAGACUUGCUGAUUUUCCUACUGAGCAAUUAAGUAAAACAAUAAAUAAUAAAAUAAAAAUUAUUGUGACUGAAGCUUUUAAGCACUGGCGCUUAAGAGCGUACGAAGCUUUUGCGUGUGCGAAGUGAAAGCUCAACUGUGUGAGCAAGUGUAAUAAAGCUUUAAAAGCGUUGAUAUGGCUUACAAAAAACGAUCAGUUAAUACUAGUAUGGCAUGCGAACGAUGAAAGCUCGCAUGAAAGCUCAAUCGAUUUGAUAUUAACUAAGUAAUAAUUAUUUUGAUAAGUAUGAUUGUAUGAUGUGAUGACGCUUUCGGCAAUGAGAAGUUGUAAAAAACACGAGGUUAAAAUUUUUUGUAAAUUUAUUUGUAUGCCAGAGAGAGCAGAGUGAUGUAGGAGAGAGAAAGGGAGAGUGGUUUCUCAAAGAGUAUGAACAUGAUAAAGGUAAAAAAACAGUACAAAAACGUAGCGGUAAAAAAAGUAAGCGGAAGCAGAAAAUAUUGUAUGCGGCAUAACGGUUUUGAGUCUUAGAGCAGAAAACAGAUAGUGAUAAAAGUUAUAAAAAAAUUUUAAAUUCUUAAAUUUUUUUACAGGUAAAAAAGACUAAUUUGAAUAAAAUCUCCAAUAUUUUUUAAUAAAAAAAAGUACCGUUACAAAAGCAUGUCGCUUGCUUUUCAAAAAAAUAAAAAAAAAAAACAAAAAUCGCUCAAUUACCGCCAAGACAAUAAUUAUAAACUAACGGUAAAUAUUCGAAACAAAAUAAUUUUUAAAUUUUUUACAACAACAAAUGGCAGCUUUUCAUUGCUACAAUACACUCGAAUGACAAUAACUAUAUUAUAAAAAUAAUAAUAAAAAAACAGAAGAUUUUCAAAACAUUUUCUCAAUAAAGUUUUCAAAAGCUCCUACAUAUGUAUUUAUAAAAUUUCAACUCUACUCUCCAUUUAUUAGAUAACAACAAUGGCUCUUUCGCUCCUGUACAAAUUAAUGUAAUUGUUGCAUGCAACCACACAACACGUAUGUUCACUACUACAUAUACAUACUAUAUAAAUAGAUUUAAAGAUAUUUAUGUCGCUCUAGCUACCCUAAAUCAAGCUAUAUAUAUUAUAUAACUUUUAUGUAUGUACUAUGUAAUGUUAAAUUUAUGAAGAAAAAAUCCUAU